AUGAUUGACAAGCACACCCAUGAAGUACACUACCAGAUUGUGUGUCCAAGCUCCAGGUACCAGGAAGUCUGGGAGAAAUUCCACGAAGCUGCUGCCCAUGCUGGUGUGGACAAGACCCUCCCCAGGAUGCGUCAGCACUUUUACUGGCCAAACAUGGAGGGGGAGCUUCAGUCAAGCCUUCCAGGAAAGGGGGUCAUUGAGCCAGGCCUGACAUCCGACUUAGAGUGCCCUUUCCUGGGUCAUUCCCAGCCUGACCCCCACCCUUUCCCUGGAGUGAAAGGAGUGAAAGUAUCUUCAGGAUGCUUCAUUCUGCUCAAGAAAUUAGCCAUAGGGCUCUUUGAGGGAGUGUUUAUCAGCAUCAAUGCGGAAGAAGCAAACCCAUUUUACACCUUGGCUAUCCAAAGGAGGAUCAUGGUGAACUCUACGGAAGCUUCCUAUUUUAUACUGACUGCAUACUCUGACACCGGGGUUUUUAAAUACCUAUAUUUCCUGAUCAUUCUGGCUUUGUAUAUUUGUAUUAUAGGUGCCAAUAUGUUGCUGAUUGUGGUUAUCUGUGUGAACAGGAGCUUACAUGAACCUAUGUACCUUUUUCUGUGCAGCCUGUUUGUAAAUGAACUGUAUGGUAGUACAGGGUUGUUUCCAUUCCUUCUGGUUCAGAUCCUCUCUGACAUUCACACUGUUUCUGCUCCGCUCUGCUUCCUGCAGAUUUUCUCUGUGUAUACAUAUGGAAAUGUACAGUUUUAUAUUUUAACCGUCAUGUCUUAUGACAGAUAUCUUGCUAUCUGUUAUCCUCUGCAAUAUAACACAUAUAUGACAUCUAACAAAGCUUCCUUUCUUAUUGCAGUGUCAUGGUUUUUCCCUUUUCUUGGAAUUGUUGUUAUGAUAUUCCUGACUCUGUCUUUGCAGCUGUGUGGGAACAUACUUAAUACAGUGUACUGUGGAAAUUACUCCAUUGUUAAGCUGGCCUGCUCUGACACCAGGGUCAAUAACAUUUAUGGACUCUUUUACACUGUUUUCUCCAUCAUCAUUCCUCUGCUUUUAAUCCUCUACACGUACAUGAGGAUCCUCAGAGUGUGUUUCUCUGGCUCCAAACAGACCAGACAGAAAGCUCUCAGUACCUGCACACCUCACCUCGCUUCCUUGCUUAACUUCUUUUUUGGAGCUUUUUUCCAGAUAUUACAGAGCAGGUUUGAUAUGAGCAGUGUUCCCAACAUUCUGAGCGUUUUAUUAUCCCUGUACUUUCUAACAUGCCAGCCUCUCUUUACCCCAGUCCUGUACGGGCUGAAGAUGUCUAAAAUCCGCAUCAUAUGUAAGCGUCUGUUGUACGGAGAAGUGUAGGUCAUCAAGAGAUUGCAGAGAAAGAGAAUGAAAGGACCCUGACUUCAGCAGUAUUAACUCUAAUGACGUGUCUAGUUCACUGUGUGCAGAGGAAGGAAAUGAAACGUGCAGCUGUACAUGUGCUGAGCUUGAUGCUGCUCUCUCUUUCUGUUUCUUAUCUUGCUUUUCACUUUUCAUAUCAGCCUCAGUGAUUUUAGGAGAACCCUGAAAGGUCCAUGAGUCAGGACGUUAGGAGUGAAGCUGAAGUUAAAGCUGAAUGAAGCUUCUCGCUGUGAACAGACACAGAGCAGCUUCAUAUCAACUAUGUUCCCAAUAUGUUGAUAGUAUUUUCACCAUUGUAUUCUCUCACAUGUAAUGUGUCCCAAAUAUACAUCCUGUGUACAAAUCAGCUGUUAGCUUUCACAUCACCUGUGACCUUAUGAGUAUAAAUCAAUGCAGCGUUGUACUACACUGAAUAAAUAACACACACAGCG